AUGGUGAAGUCAGUCCUUUUCUGCUGUUUGGGGAACAUAUGCCGCUCUCCUAUGGCAGAGGCUGUGUUUAUAUCUGUGUUGAAAGAACAAGGUCUUAGGGACCAAUGGAAGGUGGAUUCGGCCGGUACAGCUGGCUAUCAUAUUGGAAGCAAACCAGACAGCCGAAGCGCCGCCUGUUGUAAGAGCCACGGCGUUCCGGUGGAUUCUCGUGCCCGUCAGGUGACCGUUCAGGACUUCUCGGACUUCGACUUUGUGCUGUGCAUGGACACGAGCAACUUGGAUGAUUUGCAACGCUUGGCCAAGAAGAACAAAAACGCCGCAGCCACUAUCAGCCUGUUCGGCUCCUACGACCCCGAGGGCGAAUCCAUCAUCGAGGAUCCGUACUAC